GUGCAGUCUCCACUCAGCGCAUCUCUCACUCUCCUGCUGCGCAAAAGCGAGCGCACUGCGCAUUUCUCCACUCCAAGACUCUGAGCAGCCAGCUUCACCUGUGAUCCCCGUAUCAGACCGGGAGAGAACGCGGAUUCUGCUUGUUGCUGCAAGAAAAAGAACGAGACAUUAGGAAGAAAGUGAAUUUUGGGAGAGACUUUGGUGCUCAGGAUGAGGGACUCUGCGCUGCUGCUGCUGGUGCUCGGGUUGCUCCAUGAGGCGAGCGCGCAGAAACUCUCCGCGCUCACGUUCCUACGAGUCGACCAGGAUAAGGAGUGUAACAUGGAUUGCUCCAGUGCUUCACGCAAGCCGCUGUGCGCAUCCGAUGGAAGAACCUUCGCCUCACGUUGUGAGUUCCAGCGCGCCAAGUGCCGAGACCCCCAGCUGGAAGUCAUGCGUGGCUCAUGCAAAGAUACAUCAAGGUGUGUGGCUGAGAAGAAAUACACAGAGCAGCAGGCCAAAAAACUUUUCCCACAGGUGUUUGUUCCUGUGUGUAACCCGGACGGCACCUACAGCGAGGUCCAAUGCCACAGCUUCACCGGCUACUGCUGGUGCGUAACGCCCAAUGGCAGGCCCAUCAGUGGCACAGCGGUAGCCAAUAAAAAGCCUCGGUGCCAAGGCUCCAAGCAUGAUAAGGUCACUCCUCGAGAGCCAGGAAAAGCAGUUUCCUUGCAAAUCUUUUCCAUUCUAAACGCAGAUGAGACUGUCGUUCUCGUAGAUGAGACCCAGCCACCAGCCGACGAAGAAGACAUGAUCUCACAGUACCCGACUCUUUGGACUGAGCAGGUGCGCAGCAGACAGAACAGGACAAGAACACAAUACUCUUCUUGUGAUCAAGAGCUGCUGACAGCGCAAGAGGAGGCAAGGCAACAUAAGAAUGAGGCUGUGUUCAUCCCUGACUGUGCCCACGGUGGCCUUUAUAAGCCAGUCCAGUGUCACCCGUCUACUGGCUACUGCUGGUGCGUUUUAGUAGACACAGGACGGCCCAUACCUGGCACCUCGACCCAAUACGAACAGCCAAAAUGUGACGGCAAUGCAAGAGCACAUCCCAGCAAACAGAAAGAUCUUUACAGGAGCAGACAUCUUCAGGGAUGCCCUGGAAACAAGAAAACUGAAUUUCUGACAAGUGUUUUGGAUGCGCUGUCUACAGACAUGGUACACGCAGUUACUGAUCCAGCUGCAGCCGGCAGAAUGCCAGAACCAGACCCUAACCACACUCUGGAAGAGCGGGUGGUGCACUGGUACUUCAGUCAGCUGGACAAGAACUUGAGCGGUGACAUUGGCAAAAAGGAGAUCAAGCCGUUCAGACGCUUGCUGCGCAAGAAAUCCAAACCUAAGAAGUGUGUGAAGAAGUUUGUGGAGUACUGCGACAUCAGUAACGACAAGGCUCUCUCGCUACAGGAGCUGAUAGGCUGCCUUGGGGUGACCAAGGAAGACGGGGCCAAAACAAGCGAAGGCACAGGCUCCAGUAAAAUAAACACGGUGAAAAAGCAAGGCUGAGAUUUCGGACCUUGUUCUCGCUGCGAUCCUGUCCCCACCCCCAACCACGUCCACCCCACCCCACCCCACCGCACCCCACCCCACCAAAUGGCGAUGGACCCCCAUAGUAUUUGCACUUUGUACUUUAAACAAAAUGAUGUAAAUUCACUUUGUAGAAAGAAGGUAUUUAAACAGACUGCUGAACAUGUGAAUGAUGUUAGUUAGCUUAUUUUUUUAUAUAAAUGUCCUUACAUGAAUCGUUGAUACUUUAACACAUACAAUGUAUGUGUCCUUUGUGAGUCCGCAUUUCUGAGUGAAUUCUAUUACAUGUUGCUUUUUUAAAAAAUGUUUCUUGUUGAAAUUGUUUUUUACAUGACACCAGAUUUACACAUAGCCAAUAAAAGAAAAUAAUACGUUAGAUAAUUGUGCUUCAGUCACAUACUGGCUUUUUUUUUUUUUUUUUACCUGCAUAUCAAGCCUUUGUCUUGAUUAGAAAUAAAGAUCUUGUAUGCCUUUUAAUGUUUUAUAUCAAUACACUGUAUAUAUCGAGUUGUCUGUGAAAUGUUUUGUUGCUCAUAAUAAAGACUCUCUCCUAACUGA